AUGGCUACCCCCAGUGUCCUUACUUUUGAUGCUGAGGGCCGUGCCGUUGACUUUGAGGUCUGGGUCGAUGACCUCCAGCUGUUUCUUCAGUGCGAUAGGGCGGACGGCCUCUCCCUGUUUGACCUCACUUCUGGUGCCUCCCCUGCCCCUACUGCUGAUGCUGACGCCAUUGUUCGCUCACAGUGGGCCACGCGCGAUGCUGCUGCUCGCCUUGCUGUGCGCCGCCACUUACCGACCACUGAGCGUGCACACUUUAGCCAGUACAAGAGUGCUAAGACCUUGUACGACGCUGUAGUUGCACGCUACUCUUCCCCUGCCACUGCUGCACUGAGCCGCCUCGACCACUUCCUCUCAGUUUGCCCCACCACUCUCACCGUUGACCUCCUUGAGAAGGCCCUCCUAGCGAUAGAGAAGAGCAUAGUCGCUGUAGGAGCCUCUCGUGGUGACCCUCGCACCCCCGUCUUUGAGGGUGUUCUCCCUCCCCCCUCUUGCCCUCUGUUGCCUCUGCUGCUGCAGCCAACUUCGUUGGUUUUGAGUCGGUCGGCGCUGCGUCUGCCCCGAGCGGGAGACGCCGCACCGGCAAGGGCAAGGGGGGCAAGGGCGCUGGAGGGGCAGGAGGGGGCGGUGGAGGUGGUGGUGGAGGCAGUGGAGGGAGUGGGGGUGGUGGUGAGAGUGGUGCCGGGGGUGGUGGCGGCGGCGGCAGCAGUGGAGGCGGCGGAGGCGGUGGAGGUGGCGGAGGGAGCGGAGGCGGCGGAGGUAGUGGAGGAGGCGAAGGUGGAGGAGGCGGCGGAGGCGGCGGCGGCGGCGGAGGCGGCGGUGGUGGAGCGGGUCGCGACUCUGCGCAGAGGAGUGGCACCGGUGGUGCGCGGUGGGGGUUUUGGUCCCUGCGCUUACGUCCUCCGUACCGGCGACCGCGCUGGUGAGCAGUGCGGAUGUCCGCACUCCACGCAGUGCUGCUUUGGUCGCCUGACGGACGCGUGGCGUCGCCAGUUCCCUGAGGCGUCAGAGAUCUCUCGCUGGGGAGAUUUGACUAAGGCCGGGGUUGCUAUCUUUGAUCUUGACUUUGAUGCUAUUCUUUCUGCUAUGUAUGCUGUUGAUACUAGUGUUGAGGGUGCCUGCUACCUGUGUGUACCGCCUGACCCGGGCAUUGAGGCCGCUGCUCUAGGUGCUGCUGAGGCUGCUGCUCUAGGUGCUAGUGCGUCUGCUACCCCAGGUGCUGGUGUGUCUGCUCUCACAGGUACUGCGUCGGCUCAGGCCUUCCACACCUUCACCCUGGACUCGGGUGCGUCCCGCUCCUUCUUUCGAGACCGCACCACUCUUACGCCGCUCAGUCGGCCGGUUGCAGUCUCACUUGCAGACCCCUCUGGGGGUCCUGUCCUUGCUAGCUUCUCCACUGUCCUACCGUGCCCGGCAGCCCCCUCUGGCACCCUGUCAGGUCUCUACCUCCCCUCGUUCUCUACGAACUUGGUGAGUGGAGCGGACCUACAGGAUAGGGGGGUUGACCAGUUCACUCCUGCGAGUCAGAGAGUGACCCAUUGCACGUGUGCUCGGACAGGCCGACACUUGGCCACGUUCACCCGUCAGCCAGGGUCGAGCCUGUACACCCUUACUUCUGAGUCUCCUCCUACUGCUGAGUCUGCCCAGGUAGCUGCGUCGAGUCAGGUGUUUGCUGCGGCAUCCAGGUCCGGUCCUGAGUCUACUCCCUGCUCGUGUCGUCUGCUGUCCCACUAG